UGAUCGAAUAACAGAGCCGACUGCUGCUUCUGUACCGCAAGCAGCUGGCGACCAAAGGUGUGUUACAGAGAGUUGGAGAGAAUGGCCAGAACCAAGCAGACAGCGCGCAAAUCCACCGGAGGGAAAGCUCCCCGCAAGCAGCUGGCGACCAAAGCGGCCCGUAAGAGCGCUCCGGCCACCGGCGGCGUGAAGAAGCCUCAUCACUACAGGCCCGGCACGGUGGCUCUGCGGGAGAUCCGCCGCUACCAGAAACCCACCGAGCUGCUGAUCCGCAAACUGCCCUUCCAGCGCCUGGUGCGGGAGAUCGCUCAGGACUUCAAGACCGACCUGCGCUUCCAGAGCUCGGCCGUGAUGGCCCUGCAGGAGGCCAGCGAGUCUUACCUGGUGGGGCUGUUUGAGGACACCAACCUGUGUGCCAUCCACGCUAAGCGAGUCACCAUCAUGCCCAAAGACAUCCAGCUGGCCUGCCGGAUCGGCGGGGAGCGCGCCCGGCCCAGCACGUUAUCCCCGAGAAACACAACGGCUCUUUUCAGAGCUACUAAACCAUCCAGAGACAGCAGCAAUCAGUCGGCCCUCUUGGUUACUUUACUAUGCGCCCAUGGUUUUCUUUUAUUGCAAUGCGUCGUUUCGGCUGUAAUUGAAGAAAUUAAAUUCAGGCUGAGGAAAGCAUUUGUCACGUUAAUUCAAAGACAAAAUUCAAUUGGCGGUUAUACAUUGAUCGCAGAACAUAAUUGA